AUGGCAACUCAGACUUUAAACGCCCACGCGGGCCAUGCUCACUCGAGCUCCACCUCAUCAUAUCCCCCGCGGCCUGCCUCUCCUACAUUGACGAAUCCCGACAUGAUUCUGCCCGACUACGAUCGCUCGCCUUCUCCCGACCGAUCCCAUUCUCCAUUGACAAUGUGGAAGAAUUCGCAUGCUGUCGAUAUGAAUAUGCAGUUCCAAUUCCCUCCGAGCGCCUACAUCGCCGGCCCCAUCACUCCCACGACACCAAUAAUCUACGGGAACGGAACUAUGCUGUCCGAUAUUGGUGAAGUUACCGAGGCCGAGAGCACACCGGGUAGGAGAUCACGCCCGACUUCGGUGAUCUGGUCCAGACCCAACAAUCGAAGCGGCGACGAUUCACGGCAGCCACAAUCACCCACCAAGAUGCUUGAGAGCUUGAAGAAACGGGCGGCUCAAGCGACACGUUCGCGCCGGUCUUCCGUAGAGUCCACAAGCACAAUCACCACCACUCAAGACCAGAAUGCCAUGUUCGCCGACUUUGACGAUACCGUAAGCGUCGACGACAGCAACUUCCAGGGCGAUGACGAAGAGAGUGUGGCAGAGUCAUAUGUGGAGGAUGCAUCUGUGCAUCAAGCGCAUGCCAUACAUCAACCACCCAGGGAAUCUCUCGACGACCCCAAUAGGUACUCGACCGCACUCAUCAGCCGACGAGCAGAGCAGAUUCUGGCGAAUGCUAAGCGGAGGCUGACGACCAUGGAAGGCAACUUGUCGAGGGCACGAAGCUCUUUGAGCAUCUCAACUCCUUCAAUGUCUUCAUUCGAUGAGAACCACUCGACUCCAUCUCCCACAAUUUUGCGCCCUGCCUCAUCAGCAGCCUCGCCAACCUCUAUCCACGGGCACGCAAGGAUGUUGAGUGAUACGUCUCUCAAUUACGACACAGGUAACAACGGCGCUGUACCAAGAAGGUCCGCCAGCGCCAUGGGGGCGGCUGGGGGCUAUCGACAACCGUACUCUGUGCGUAAGAACGUUCAUGAUGCUACGUUGGAACGCCUAAACUCUGGAGGGGAAAGCCAAUCUCGAUACAAAGCGGCACAGGAAAUAGGCCUAGAACCUCUCGGCGAGGAUGAAGUCGCACAAGAGUUCCACUCAGGAAGCGAUAGCACUAAGCGUGAAAGCUUGCUGAGCCCGGCACUCAAUUCCUCGAGCCGCGAUCGGCCAUUGGUACGCUCGGCGUCGGUAGCGCAGAUGCGCGACUUGAAGGGCCAGGUACAAGACCUGAAAGGCAAGAUCUCGUCUCUGAGAGAGCAGGCGCGCGCGGACACAAUGCGAAGGCGCAGUCUCCAAAGCUUACGAACGCCAAGCCCGUUUACUCAUGCGCAGGUCGAUCAGUGGUACGCCAAAUCGCAAGAGGAGCAAUCGCCACCCUUGACUGCUACGUCGGACAAGAACCCAUGGAACGCCGACGCAGUCAGUGUCGAUGGGCUGGUCCAAGAGCGGGGGUUCCCAUCCGAUGUACUAGUCGAACUACAGGAGCCUUCGAUCGUGGAAGACAACGAGUCCGUGGCAGACGAGUACGACGCAGCCCAAGAAGCCAUCCGACUGGAAGAGAGACAAAAGGCCCUUGACGCUAUGGAGGCAAACAAGGGCCAGGAUGACGCAGUUGACGAUGACGACGACAUCUCUGACAUGCAUACUGAAGAUGGCUUCGAAGAUAGUGUGCAGGUCCAGGAGGAAGACGGAUACGACAGCGAGAGUGGUGACUCCCUUUACCACGAUACGGUCCAGACUUUUAUGUCCCACGAAGAUCGAGAAGACGCUUUCGAUUACGAACACUUCUUCCUCCACAGCGCACUAGGCAAUCUGAGCCAACAGCGUCGGGGCAGCGUCAGUUCCGAAAGCUCCGUCGAGACGACUCGCGGACCGAUGACAUCGGAUGAGUCAAUUCGACCGAGAUCGCACCAUCGAAGAGGCAGCGGCGACACUACUUCAACCAUUGAGUCUUUUGCUACGGCUCGCUCGGGGCGAGGCAGCAGAAUCAGUACAAACGACGUGAGCGAGGAUUUGAGACAUGGCAUUCUCACCCCGCCAAGCGUCAGCCCGAUCAGUGAGCACACUGAGAGCCCUCCUACUGCCAAGCGGUCAACUAUCGGUAGCACCAUGGGCGGCGAGGACGUUUUGGAGGAACUGAGAACACGCGCGCGGGCUGGCUCCACGGUCUACCGUCGACCGAUGAGCACUCAAGCAACGAUGGGUCACCGUCCGUCGACCGCUUCCUUCGACUCAACGGGUACCAACCGGAGCUUCCCGUUGGUGGGCAAGGCACGCGUUAGCGUCGGUGUCCUUACGCCCCAGGGUUCUCCCGAGCUGGAGCUGAAGACGAUUUCUGAUGCUCUCAUGAGUGAAACCGCUAGCAUUUGCGACAAAGAGAGUAUGCAUACACCUGACCAGCUCGCACCCAUGGAAGCACUGGCCAAGGAGGACCAAAUCCUUGUCGAACGCUUCGUUGCCAGCCUCGGCAGGUGCGUGCUCGCCAUGAGCGAGGCUGGCAAGGCGUCUUCGGAGAGUCGUAUGUAUAGAAGACGCAUCGAUGCAGCUCGCCGGAUCCUGGAGGGCAUGGGCGAAACAUCAUAA